CACACACACACACACACACAGAGCAAAGUUUUUGGAGAGAUGAUACUGGAAGGGGGAGGAACGAGCCAUGUUUGCAUGCAAGCCGAGGCACAGCGCUUUAUGACAGUGCGCUCGAAAGGAAAGAGAGCCAGCUUUGCUCCACUUAGCUGGGAUUUCCUGGGCUAUACAUUCAGAGGCUGAGACAUGCCAGAACUAAUUCGAUCCAGAUGUGCCGACUUGGCAGCCUUGGGCCCAAACUUUACUGAAGGGAUGCCGCACUGACGCCAUUGCAUUGGAUAGGAACAGAUUCCAAGGCGGACCACGGCGCAGCUGGAGAUGUGAGAGGAAUCGGAUUGACCAGCGGAUGCAUGAAGAGGCAGGCCCAGGCUGGAAGCAAGAAAUGGAAAGAGCCAUCAGGCCAUUCCUCUAAUCCAUCGUCGAAUGUCCCUUAGGAAUUGGUGAAAACAAUGAGAGUUCAACUGAAGGGUGAUGCCAUCUGUACACUCUUCCUAGUGGUAGCUCUCUUCACUAUCCUCUAUUCCCAGCUGGACCACUCUUCCCUUCCAGAAGAACAAGCCAAAGGCCAGAGGAGACCUUCACCAGCCACACGCCGGGCUUUUGAUGCCCCCCGAUCCUCCCAGAAACAGCUGAAUGCCAGGCCUACAGCAUCUGGGUCCAGAAUUAUUUCUGCUAUGAAGCAUGUGAAGGUGGCAAAGGAAGGUGACCUGGGCACCAGUCCUCCACCCUCCACACCUUCUGCUUUUGAUUUCAGGCUCUACCUUCGCAACAAAGACAACCGGAAGUUUGAUCUCCUCAUCAAUCAACCAAAGAAGUGCAAAAGAAACCCAGGAGGACCUUUCUUGCUCAUUGCCAUCAAAUCCCUGGUGGAGGACUUUGACCGCCGGGAGAUUGUCCGGAAGACCUGGGGAAGGGAAGGACUGGUCAACGGAGCCCAGGUCCAAAGGGUUUUCCUCUUGGCGAUCCCCAAGAACAAGACGGCUUUGCCAGCCUGGGAGACCCUUGUGCAACAGGAGAGCCAGAUGUACCGGGACAUCCUCUUGUGGGACUUCCUGGAUACUUUCUUCAACUUGACUUUGAAGGAGAUCAAUUUCCUAAACUGGGCCGACGAAUUUUGUUCCAACACCAAGUUCAUUUUCAAGGGCGACGCAGAUGUCUUCGUCAAUGUGGAGAACAUUGUCCACUUCCUUGAGAGCCACGAUCCUUCCGAAGACCUCUUUGUAGGGGAUAUAAUCUACAACGCGCAACCAAUCCGGACCCGCAAGAGCAAAUACUAUAUCCCAGAGACAAUGUAUGGCCUGGGCAUGUAUCCAGCCUAUGCUGGAGGCGGAGGCUUCUUAUUAUCCAGCAGUACCAUGAAGAAACUCUCCAAGGCUUGCAGCGAGGUGGAACUCUUCCCGAUCGACGACGUCUUCUUGGGCAUGUGCUUGCAAAGAAUCAACCUCAAGCCCACCAUGCACGAAGGGUUCAAGACCUUUGGCAUUACCAAGCCCUCGGCCGCCCCUAACCUCCAGACGUUUGAUCCUUGUUUUUACAAAGACCUCAUGGUGGUCCAUAGCCUGAAGGUGGCAGAAAUCUGGCUCAUGUGGAACCUCCUCCAUAGCCCACGUCUCUCUUGCACUCAAAAGAAGCAAGUCAAGAAGUCUUUCCGGUGGAAAAUGAAAAGGAAAGGGACUACGAAUGGUUACGCUGCAUAAAAGUUUGCACACUCCGGAAGUCACCUUCCAUACCUGACACUAUUAGCCUGAGGCUGAGAGAGUGUGACUUGCAUGAAAUCAUCCGGUGGGUUUCCAUGACUGUGUGAAGCUUUGAACCCUGGUCUUCUUCUACCGUCUGCCCAAGACCUUCCUAUUUAAACAGGCCUUCGUUUUUUAAUCUGGUUGGGGCAGUGCAAUGGUCAGGUUUUAGCCUGCUUUAAAUUGUUUUAAUCUAAAAGUUUUAAGAGCAAUGGAUUUAAUGCUAGAUUGUUUAUAGCUGUACUGUUUUAAUGGUGUGAGCCACUUCAGGCCUCAUAUGAAAGAGAAGUGUGAUAUAAAUAUAAUAAAGAGUAAGUCACAAAGUGACUACAUCCCCUAUUGUGUUGAUUGUUCUGGCUGGGACUAAUGGGAACUGCAGUCCAACAAAAUAUGGGUGCUGUACCUUUAUCACCCUUCGCAGAGACAUUUCCCAAAAAGAAAAAGGUGCAAAUACCUUUCCAAGCG